AUGGGCGACACGGCUAUUGCCUGUCUAAAUCAACAACAGGACCUCGUUUCCCCAAAACAACGGGAUCCGCGGGAGGCGAAAGGCAAAAUGGUGACUGGUACCCGAAAGGAUGUGAGGGAGGCCAGAGACGUAUCCGUCGAGGAUGGCCAGGGGUCGGCGCUGUUGCGGCCGGGAGCGGAAGCGCCUUCACGGAACGCAACUGUUGCGGCUGUGAGGUGUGAUGUCAUGGCAUUACCACAGCGUGCGGCGGGGGCGAUGAUGUUGGUGAAAAAGGCGCAGGCAUUGACCACAGCGCCGGUGGAGUGUACCGUGUCGGGGCUAUUGAGUGAGAUGUUGUCUUCGCCCAAAUUGGGUUUUGCAGCUGUCAGCGAUGAACACAAAGACAUUCAGAGUGGGGAUGGCGAGGGGAAUGUGAACCGUCAUGUGAAUGUUAGGAGAAAUGGUGAAAACGGCUUUACCACCACGUCGGCGGUGGAUGAUCACUUCUGCCGCAGCAAUGUCUACGGGGACGACAGCAAAAACUCUAGCAGCAACGGGUAUGUCAGUAGUCAUCCUCAAAGGGAAGGUGUUGGCUGCUGCGGCGAUGGCGGUGAUGCCGUCAAUGUUGCGUCGCCGUACUCAUUCUCACUGCAGUCCCUGCCACAAUUCUCUCCACAGGUGGAUGGUGAUAGCAAUAGCAGCAGGUUCAGCAGAAGCGGCAAUGGCGACAUUCUUACUAGCGGUACAAGCGCGAAUAAUUACGGUGAUGUUAAGAUUCCGAUGAAUUCUCUUGGCAUCCUGUCAAAUGGGACAUCGAAACAAGAGGAAUUUUUAGGGCAAGGGCCGCGCUCGCAGCGCAAGGCAACAGACACAAUAACGCGUCGUGGUCACGAGGGUGAUUCCCACCGGCCGGCUGCGAGUCCCACGUGGAUGGAGACGGGAUUGUCGUCGGGGCAGAAAGAACCCGUGUCGGGUGUUGCGGCCACGGCAAGGCAGGAUGCGAGGAUUUCGCCGAAGAAGCAUACGACAUCGACAGGCGGGCGGCCCUGUGAAGAGGGGACAAAAUAUCUGAAGCAUUCACCGCCGCUUCUUAUCGCAGCGGAGUUGACGGUGCCGCCUUGCAUGCACACCGCUUCCGCGACCCCCACGGACGACGCCGAGCAAGCGAAGGGAACAUUGGGUCUAGAAACACAUCUCUUCGGUGAGACGAAUGAGGAGACGAUUUCCAUGAAUAGUUUAACGGCGCUCCCGAUUUACGCACCCUCGGCCGCGCCGUUGAGUCCAUGGCUCACCAGUGCGGCGGAAGCUAGUGCCCAUUCGCGACCGUUCUCUUCCUCCGCUGCACCUCUGCCGAGACGUCCGACAUUGCCCAGAAGCAGCGGCCGUGGUGUUCAGCAAAGUCCGUUGCGAUUCAAGCGAGUUUUCUCCCCGGAGGUUCUUUUUGCCACGGAGGAUAGUUCCCAGGGAACCAUUUUAGGCUCCUUUCAUCAACGGGAUGUGGAAGGGGGGCAGCCCCCUCAGCGCAGGAUGUCGUUGUCGCCAUCGUACACUCCACAGAAUGACAACCCGCAGCGACACGAAGAUAAAUGCUCGUCGGGAAGUACGAGUCCCACCGCUGACUCUGUAAACCGGUCCCACGAUGGAAAUGAAGUAGGAUUUCGUGAGAACUCCUUUGCUUGUGGAGACUCCCGUAGGCGUACAUCUGUAGGCGAUACGGAUGGCGUUUAUGAAUCCCCCGUGAUGGUUUGUCUCCGUGAGGAGAGCACAUACGAUUUGAGUGAAGCGGAGGGUGAUCAUGUGAGAGGAGGUGCAACUGAUGGCAAAGACAUCGAGGCUGGACAGCAAUGGCUGCAGAUACCAGUCCUGUUUUAUCUGGUCUUCAACCUUAUCAAACUGCAUGAGGCAGGGGAAUAUAGAACGCAGCGGGAAAGGGAGAGGGAGUUGUCUGAAAUAAUUGACGACUCAUCUACACCGUUGGUUGCGCGGCGAUCCUCCGUGACUUUAAGUGCCUCGUUGCAAGACGUUUACACCCAACUCUCGCACACGCUCUUAGAGGUAAGUGGUGUGCUCCUGCAGCCACGUCUCACUGUUUGGUCUGACGCCAUCCUUCGAGAGUCCGUUGCAGAGGUUCUGGAGGGCUGGAAAAAGGGCGGACCCCACAGUCAAGAAUUUGAGAGUGCGUCCUUUCGCCUGCUAAGGGUCGUAUCGGCGGAUCGGUGCGGAAAAGUCAGACCGACCGUACUCUAUCGCGUCUGGGAAUUUAUUGGCGCGCGUGAGCAUUGUCGACAUGUCGUUAUCGGUAUUUUUAUUACCGUAUUUAUUUUACUUGCGUCUCUUUUGUCAAUUGCCUGCCUUGGAGGUGAUCAAACCGUCGCACGUGCCGUUUUGGUGGCAUGGACACUCAUCAUUGUGUUGCUCUCCGCGGGUGUGUGUUUAUUAUUAGUCGAUCACAAUGCCGUGGCGGAGGAGGUUCGGGAUUUUUACUUUUCACAACUGCUGAGCCGUGUGGCUGCGGCGAUGCGUGAUGUCGAUGGGAGCCGUGACGACGACACCAAUCCCAACGCUAGGGACAUUAGUUUUAUGGGCUUUGGGGCCCAAGGCUCUCGGUUUCAUGAGAAUGGAUGGAAUUUUGGAGGACCAGGCAUUAAGGGAAAUGGGAUGGAUGAGGAUGCGUUCGGUAGGCACAACGGCAUAGGCAGCCUUGGCACAGCCUCUUCACGGGGCGGUCAGGGCUCUUCGAAUCGACAUCCUUUCAUGAUAUCCACUGCGGUAGGCACCAGCCGCCCCGAGAUUCGAGCCGUUCAGUCAUUUCGAGGUAACGUGGAGAAAGACGAGGAUUGCGUUGUAAGAAACGAGGCACAUGGCGACGGAUCAGCAUGGGAUGGAUGCUGGGAAUGGGGAGAAGGCAUUCAUCAUCCGCAGCCUCAUGAGUGGCAUGAUCCGCAUGGGGAGAAUCCGCAGUUUGAGGAUCGCCUCUACGACGUCCCCUCUUCCCCUCAGGAGGAGGCGAUGCUGAAAGAAGAUCGCUACAACUCACUUCUCAUGAGUCGCGUCAACUUUGAGCAGACGCAGUUCGCAGAGGAGCAAAUGAAGGAGCUGCUGCUGCAAAAACGCCUUGGCGUAGGCUCUCAGGACACUCCGCGUCCAAACGUGGAAGAUGCAGGAAAGUCUCCAGUGCCGUCUGAUGUGGCGAUUGCGGCGCUCCCAGGCGGGACGCAUGAGUCUUCCUCUGGGGGCUCCUACGGUUUUGUUUCGCUCCCUGUCAACUCCAUUACUUCUGCUUCUGCUUCUGCUUCUGGUGGUGGUGGUGGUUCCAAUGGGAGCGUUUCGCCAAAAUCUCGUUCCAUCGUGCCCGUUCCCACGCGGAUGACGCGGGAUAAUCUUGUGAACAGCGGUCUCGAUGCAAUUGCCAUCACGGCUCUUGUGUACUGCCGCGGCCAUGCCGUUACGGAAAAUAUCUUUAGUAAACUGUGGAACCGCAAUUUUCUUAUUCUUCAGCGCACGAGCCUUGAGGCUUUGGAUGCAGCCUUCCAUCGUGGUUCAGAGAGGUUCAAGGUGUUUCUGUUGCAUGCACCGGAUUUAGAUGCGGGGCAGCUUCAAAUUGCACUCUCAUGGUUGCGGCAGGAACGGCGCUCCGUCUUUUUCUUUGCAUCUGCCCUCGGUACAAUGGCACAGGAGGUGCCCUACGCAUUUCGUCUUGAGCUUCCGCUCACAACACGGGAUGUGGAGAAUCUUCUGCUCUCUGGCAUUGGUGUCGACGAGGAGAUGAAUAAUGUGAGUAUCUUUCGCUCGUCCAAGAAGUUUAAAGUGCCACCGUAUACACUGGGCAGACGCCUGGGAUGUGGUGCAUACAGCAACGUGUUUGAGGUUGAGAUGGAACUGACAGGCGCGCAUUGUGCCGUGAAACGUAUUUAUUUGCGUGGAGAUCGCGAGGCGGAGGCAGAUGAGGCGGAUAGUCAACUGAAGGAGAUUGCAAGGGAGGUGGGAAUCAUGAGCUCACUGAGUCACCCAAACAUUGUGCAGUACCUCUUCUGCGAGAGGGAUGACAACUGUGUCUCGAUAUUUAUGGAGUUAUGCUCCGGUGGGUCAUUAAGUGAACUCAUUGCGAGUGGCGGCCUGCAACACGCGGAUGAAAUCAAACGUGUUCUGCGUGAUGUCAUCAGUGCCGUGGCGUAUCUUCAUGGCAAGCACAUUGUGCACCGUGACCUCAAGCCGGAGAAUGUCCUCUUCCGUUUGGGCCGCGCCAAAGUGAGUGACUUUGGGACGGCCGUAUUUAAGCGCGGUGGGUUGACAAAUGUGAAGGGGACAUUCGCAUACAUGGCGCCGGAGGUGUUGCUUGGGGAGAAAUACGGCAAGGCCUGCGACGUGUGGUCGUUUGGCUGUAUUGCGGCAGAUGCGCUCUCUGUCCCGCUCGGCCACAGGUCUCUUGGUCUGCCGGAGAUGUGCGAUCACUACCGACGCAUGUCCCUUGACGAGACACUUGAAUUUGACUGUGAUGAACCCACCGUGCGGGAGUUCCUGCAGCGUUGCCUGCGGCGGGACCCAAAGAAGCGGUCCUCCGUGGAGGAGCUUCUCGCCCACCCAAUGCUGCGGGAGGAAGACGACACGGCGGUGCAGCAGUGGCUCACGAUGUCCGCAGAGCGGCAGCGGACACAACAGGUAGAGGAAUUGACAAAAAGCUCGAAUUUCACCCGCACGAAAAUUCGGACGAGGUCGACGAGUGCCAUUUCCCUGCGGUCGGCGGAUGUGCUAGGCGCACAUUACUCGCCGUAUCAGACCCCACUCAGCCCUUCCUUUUUUUAG